AUGCAUCAUAGACCCACUCCGACCACCUCCACCACCGCCACCCCCGCCUCCGCCGCCACCGCCGCCAACGCCACCCUCGCCCCCGCCGCUCCCACCGCCACCUCCACCGCCACCUCCGCCGCCACCUCCGCCUCCACUGCCGCCACUAGUACCUCCACCCCCGCCCCCACCUCCACCGCCACCCCCACCCCCCCCGCCGCCCCCACCUCCUCCGCCACCGCCCCCGCUAGCUCCACCCGCUCCCUUGCCCCCCUUGCCCUUGCCAGAGCGGCGCCUACCGCUGGGGGCAGACGCCGCACCGACCGACUCUAG